AUGAGGACUGUUCACAGUGUUAUCAAAAGGACCCCUAGGAAAUACCUAGCUGAGAUUGUCAUGAUAGAUGACUACAGUAACAAAGAUCAUUUAAAGGGAAGGUUGGAAGAAUAUGUCAAACAAUGGAAUGGCCUGGUUAAGGUUUUUAGAAAUGAACGUAGGGAAGGUCUGAUUCAAGCUAGAAGCAUUGGCGCUCAGAAAGCCAAGAUAGGACAGGUUUUAAUUUAUCUAGAUGCACACUGUGAAGUGGGAAUUAAUUGGUAUGCACCAUUAAUAGCCCCCAUAGCCCAUGACAGAACCGCAUGCACUGUACCUCUGAUAGAUGUCAUAGAUGGCAACAAUUAUCAUUUAUUACCGCAAGGGGGAGGUGAUGAAGAUGGGUAUGCUAGAGGAGCAUGGGAUUGGAGUAUGCUAUGGAAACGGGUGCCCUUGACCAAAAAAGAGAAGGAAAUGAGAAAAACAAAAACUGAGCCAUAUCGGUCACCUGCCAUGGCUGGAGGAUUGUUUGCAAUUGAGCGAGAUUACUUUUUCGAGCUUGGUCUGUAUGAUCCAGGUCUUCAGAUCUGGGGUGGAGAGAAUUUUGAAAUCUCCUACAAGAUCUGGCAGUGUGGAGGAAAGUUGUUGUUUACACCUUGUUCACGUGUGGGGCACAUCUAUCGCUUACAAGGGUGGCAAGGAAACCCUCCCCCCGUCUACGUGGGAUCAUCGCCAACACUGAAGAACUAUGUCAGAGUUGUGGAAGUCUGGUGGGAUGAAUACAAGGAUUACUUUUAUGCCAGUCGUCCAGAAACAAAAGCCUUGGCCUAUGGAGACAUCAGUGAACUGAGGAAAUUUAGAGAAGACCACAACUGCAAAAGUUUCAAAUGGUUCAUGGAGGAAAUUGCCUAUGAUAUCCAUGAACACUAUCCUCUACCACCGAAAAAUGUAGAAUGGGGAGAGGUGCGAGGUUUGGAUACCAAUUACUGCAUAGACAGCAUGGGGCACACUAAUGGAGGAAUUGUGGAAAUUGGAGCCUGUCACAGAAUGGGUGGAAACCAGCUUUUCCGAAUUAAUGAAGCUAAUCAAUUCAUGCAGUAUGACCAGUGUCUCAGUAAAGGGCCAGAUGGAUCGAAAGUUAUGAUUACACACUGUAAUUUAAAUGAAUACAAAGAGUGGCAAUACUUCAAGAACAUACACAGAUUUACCCAUAUCCCUACCGGAAAAUGCCUGGAUCGCUCGGAGGUUCUUCACCAAGUGUUCUUGUCAGACUGUGACUCCAGCAAAUCAUCCCAGAAGUGGGAAAUGAACAACAUCCUUAGUGUAUAA